ACCUAACGCCGUGUGUGCCUGCUUCCACGGGGUUUACUGUGUGCGUGCCUCGUCGGUGGCUUCAAGAUGGCCUACAGGCUGCUGCUGCUGCGCGCCAUGGUGUGAUCGUUUAAUUUCUCGGUGCUUGUGCCCCUUGUAAAUGUUUCGUGAAAGAGAUCGUCAGUGCCAGGACGACAACGUGCCUUGACCGGCUGAUAACUUGGGGCAACCUGGAAAUGUGACGAUCGACUGGAAACCGAUUAAACGCUCCAGAUGAAAUCGCCAUCGGCCCGGGAACGUCCUUUCGAGGCCCAAGAGGAUUCAACCACGAUAGAAUCGUCGGGAACGGUCGUCGCGUCUUCGACGCCGUCAACGACGGAGAUCGAAUCUACGGAGGUCGGCAGUGAUGCCUCGAGCGCUGCCGGAGACGCGCACAAUGGUGCUGGUCGGUUCGACGAUGACCAGGAAUCCAUCGACGCGUCGUCGCGCGAGGCUUCGAGAACGGAGCCGCAAGACGUGAGUUCGAACUCCGAUCGCAACGGAACGAAGACGGAGGCUAACUCGAGCGAACCGGUCGCGCAGCAAGGCUGUCGCGACGAAGUGUCGACGGGUAUGUGUUUCGACGGGGACGACGAGAGGAACGUUACCGGUUCGUCGUCGGUGUCUAGAAAGAGGCCAGCCAGCGACUUCCUGCCGAUCAGCGCGGAGAUCAAGCGGAUCGGCGUCGAGAUACCGGAGAACAAGGCGAAUCAAUCGCGUAGCGAAGUGAGAAGGAUCUCGCCGGUGCUGGUCAGUCUUCGAGAGCGUACCCUGGGCGAGAUAUCUUUGUCCUCGGACUCGUGUCUCAUCGCGAAGAACAACAGCAUCCUCGACGAUUCACUGACGAGCUCUUGCAGGACACCAAUGAACGGAAGCUUCGAUGAUUGCGUGCGAAUGAGCCUCGAUCCGGAGGCGACAGACGCCGAGGCGGCGCACAGUGAACGCGCCAGCAGCGCGGAGGACUCGGUGACCUGUCGUAGGAACCUCGAAUAUUCCGACGCGUACGUCGACGAAGACACGUUUUGCUCGCUGACGCUCGACAGUCCCGAGAGGGAGCAUCAUCCGUGCCAGGAGAAACAGUGCGAGGAACUCAGCGAAUCGUGCGCGUGCGACGACAGUGUGCCCACGAACGACGCUUGCAUGGCCGAGAAAAGCUCCAAGCUGCUGGCCGAGCACGUCGAUUCGCCGGACAAACCGACGCCAGAUAGAAAGGACAAGAAGAGACCGAUCCUGAAGAAGAAACCCAAGAAGAAUGCUACGUGCGACGGUGCUUGCGACACGGAUGCGAACACCGACUCUGAGGAAUCGCAGAAGGAAUCGUGUUUCGUCCAGAGGUGCGCCUAUGAGAAUACGAACGUCCAAACGACCGAGUAUGAGAAUCAGAGACAGAUGAGCUCUCCCGUGGUAACCAGGUCGAAGUCACCGUUCCUUGAGCCACAGUCACCGUUACAGAGCUCUAUGAAAGAUUGCAAAGUGCUGCUGGCGAGGAUAUCGUCGCCGAAAUUGGUGAAAACGGCGGUAGCGCAACCGACGAAGAACGAAGCGGCGUCUGAAGAUGCUGCACAGAAUCCGGAAGAGGACGAAGCAAUCGUGCCUGCCGCAUCGUCAUCCCCUGCAGAAAAUCUACAGCCGUUGGACGAUGCCUUUUCGCCCCAGACGACGUCCAAUUUAAGCGAAGAGACGAAACCAUCCGCCGAGCACGAAGAUCCACCGAUGGAGUUGUGCUUGAUUCAAAGGUGCGCUCACGAGAAUGUCCAAAAGACUGAGCCGGAGAACCACUCGAACAAACAAAUGGACUCUUCCGUCGUACCCAGACCAAAAUCACCUGUCGAAGCAAACUCACCGUCGUUGAACACUACGAAAAGUAGCAAAAUAAUGAUAGCGAAGGUAAUGUCGCCGAAACUGACGAGAUCCGUCAUGGAGAAGUUUGUUAAAGACGAAACAACGUUCAAAUCUAUUAUAAGAAGCCUGAGGGAGGACGAGGAAGUCCUUAUCACCUCAUCGUCGACCUCGAAUAAUCGAGAUUCGUCAGAGGCGUCGGUCGAUUCGCCUAAAGAGAUGAAACUAUCCGAACAUAAUGAUUUACCGAGGGACACGUGCUCCGUUCAGAGGUGCACGCACGAUGUUCAAAAGACUGAGCGAGAAGAUCAUGCAAAAAACCAAUUAGGGUCUCCAAUGCCUCUGAGAUUGAAAACAACGCUUGCCGAGGAGCAGUCAUCACCAUUGAGCGAUAUGAAAGAAUGCAAAGUGAUCCUAGCGAGGAUAAGAACGGGGAUGGAGAGUUUGGCGAAGGAUGACACUGAAUCUAGAGCUGCUACAAAGGAUCUUGGAAAGAAUGAAGAAGUCGUGCUCGCCUCAUUGUCAUCGUCCGUAGAGAGUCUACAGCCAUUAAACAAUCUAAACGCAUCCGCAGUGACACCAAGUAGCCCAGAAGAGAUGGAACUGUCCGCUGCCCAUAAAGAUCCACCGAAAGAAUCAUGUUUGGUCCAAAGGGGUGCUAACGAGAACACGGAUGCCCAAAAGACUGAGCCUGAGGACCAUUUUGAACAGCUGGUGGGCUCUCCCACAGUGCUCAGAGCGAAAACGCCUCCUGUCGAAGCAAACUCGCCAUUGUUGAACGCUAUGAAAAGUUGCAGAAUAAUGAUAGCGAAGGUUACGUCGCCGAAACCGACGAGUUCCGUUGCGGAGAACUUUGUCAAAGACGAAACAACGUCCGAAUCUAUCGUAAGGAGCCUGAGGAAGGACGAGGAAGUCGUUUUCACCUCAUCGUCACCCUCCACGAGUAGUUCACAGCUAACGAAUAAUCGAGACUCAUUAGAUACGCUAGUUGAUUCAACUAAAGAGAUGAAACCAUCUGAACAGAAAGAUUUACCGAAGGACACGUGUUUCGUUCAGAGGUGCACGCACGACGUUCAAAAGACCGAGCCAGAAGACCGCGCGAAGAAACAGUUGGCGUCUCCAAUGUCUCUGAGAUUGAAAACGCCGUCUCCCGAAGAGCAAUCACCGUCAUCGAAUGCUAUGAAAGAAUGCAAAGUGAUGCUGGCGAGGGUGAGAACGGCGGUGGAGAAUUUGAUCAAAGACGAAACCGCGUCCAGAGCUGUUAUAAAGAAUCUUGGAGAGAACGAAGAGGUGGUGUUCACCUCAUUGUCAUCGUCCGUGGAGAAUCUGCAGCCAUUGAACAAUCUAGACACGUCCGAGGUGACGCCAGGUUCACCGGAGUUGGAACCAUCCGCUGACGUUCCAGAAGCCGUGGACACAGAGACGGAAACCGAGACCGGCUCCGACAGCUCCGAAGUGUCCGUGACGAACGUACGCCUUCGUGGUUGCGACGACGAUCCUGUUUCCGACCAAAUCUCCUGCCCAGAGAGCGAGUCUAUGUGUUGCGUCGAUAUCAAUUCGGAGAUCAUAACCAGGCUAGAGGCGGAGAGGCCAGAAGCUUUCACCGAGGAUUCGGCUGAAAGUCUGGCGCUCGCCACUGGUGCUAGGGACGAAGUUAGGUCGGAUGGAAGCGAUUCUGGCCUAGGAAGCGAAAUUCCUGGCGAUCAUGGACCUGCACCUGCCCCUGAAAGCGAUUCCGAGACAUCUUUCUUGGAUAGAAUACCUGACGAUAUUCUUUCUGACAAAGAGAAAGCCGCGAAUCAACUGGACUCUUUCGCGCCCACCGUUGCUACUCUCAGUACGCCGCAGACACCAUUGCCGGUUUUUUCCAGUCCAUCGAAGAGCAAUUUAAAAAGAAGAUUGAUAGACAGUAUGGAAGGUGCUCCCACCCCGAAGAGAAGCAACACCGACGAGUCCAUGAAAAAGAAACGCAACAUUCACUUCGACGCCGUUACUGUGUACUACUUUCCUAGGGCGCAAGGUUUCACUUGUGUGCCUUCCCAGGGUGGUAGUACGCUUGGUAUGAGUGCGACGCACACUCACGCCGAAAGAUUCUCAUUGUCGGAGCACGCUACCGAGCAGAGGCGAAUCCAUCGCGCUAGAUUGGCGCAGCUACGUUCCGAACGUGCUGCAAAUUGUGUGGUCGAGGCGGCUUCCAGUUCGGAGGAUCCCAGCGACGACACAGACGAGGAGCAAAGCGAUAACGAGGAGCUGGACAUCGAUAGUUACUACUUCCUCCAGCCAGUGCCUACGUGGCAAAGACGAGCCUUACUUAGAGCAGCAGGUGUACGUAGAAUAGACGCCGUUGAGAAGGACGAGUGCCGUGACAUUAGAGCUAGCAGAGAGCAUUGCGGUUGUGGAUGCAAAGGAUAUUGCGAUCCUGAGAGCUGCCCAUGCAGUCGUGCCAAUGUAAAGUGUCAGGUCGAUCGAGCGGGAUUUCCAUGUGGAUGUACACGCGACGGCUGCGCGAACAGUUCAGGUAGGAUUGAGUUCAAUCCGGUUCGCGUGCGGACGCACUUCAUUCACACAUUGAUGCGGUUAGAGCUAGAAAAAAAGCAGCGUGAAGAAGAAGGUACGGAUCAUGACGCUUCCGACAAUCAGAAUGGUAGAAGUCCUUUAAGAGAAAUCAAUUUAGGGUCUGUAAUGGAGAAUAGAAACGCGGAGUCGUGCCUGAACGGGGGUGGUUUCACGACGCUGCAUUACGAGAAUCACGACGCCGGGGACGGCGGGGCUAAUUGUCAACCAGAAGUACCUGGUACAAGAGAAGAUAGCCUGGAUCUUUACGCUAUCAGGGAUGAUUGUUAUCCUAGCGAGGAUACUGUUGAUGGUACGCAAGGACCUCAAAGGAAACUUCAUCCUGAGUUUAGUCAAGCGUUUCAAACGUUCUCGAGCCAAACGAAUGUCGGAGUGAACUUCCAACAGCCUACUUAUCAGGACUACCAACCUUACGCUAACCUUCCUUCCACAUCUAGGGUGCAAUUCCAGCCACAGUUUCAAGCGGUGCCAGGAAAUUCAGGGUUCUCACAUUACGCGCCUUACGGACAAGACACUGGAUCGAUUCAGGGAAACUGCCAGGUCCAUCCCGAACAACAUUCUUCCAAUUACGAAACUAGCUUCGCCCAGGACGAAUCAACCGGAUCGCAAUACACAAAUCUGAAUUCGGUGCAACCAAUGAACACUGUUCAGCAAAUGGGUAAACUAGAACCGUUCUCGGAACUUUUGUCUGGUAGAUACUCGUAUUACGGAGAAAUGGAGCCGCAGGCGCACGGUACUUAUCACGGAAACGGAACGAAAGUCGAGGUAGAGAAAAGUAAUGAACAACAGUCGGAAAGUACGGAAGAGUGUGACGAAAAUUUUGGGGAGAUCAUUAAGAAGUCAAUGGUCGAAACUGUAUCCGCUUAGGCCGAAUUGUAGAUACGAAGAACUCUAGAAUACUGGAACUCUAACCAGUCGUCCUUUUACGCGUUAGGUAAAUCCGAGUAUAUUGUUUAUGUGAUUCUUGAAAAGAACCAAUGUUCUUCUCGGGAAUCAUUCGCGGUUAAUUACGACGAGUCCCGUGGAUGUCGUUAGAAAAAUUUUGCGGCUACGUGUGCGUCCGCCCGGGAUGGAAACUUGAGACAUUGUCCUUGUUCUAUCCAUAAAAAAAAUUGUUGGUUAUUCAAUCGAUCGGAUGGACAAGGCGAUGUUCUCAGAAAACUGUGAAGAGAAUCCGGGGCCGCGAAUUCGGUGAAGGAUUUUCGGGAGAAGGUCUUCGUCGAAAAUCUCUAUGAAGUCUCCUUGAAACGGCAAGGGAUUCUCAAACGGAGCUACAGAAGAAAUUCAACGAGGUUGUGACCAAGAAACAAUAUGGGAUCAGCUUAGAUUGCAGUUUAUAAUAUCUUUAACUUUAAUACUUUAAUCGUAGGCUCGCGGGUCACGCGUCUUUUUAAAAACAAGUUUCGAAUUCGUGCGACAGCGGCGAUGGCAAAAAAACGCGUAUUGUUGCGACAGCGAGGCCCGAAAACGUUCGCGUCGCUGAUCGAUAGGAAGGAAGGCACACGAUCAUAUAUAUACACAGAAACACAUUUGUACACGACCACGAAAUGUGAGCGAUUGUGAUAUUUUGUGCAUAUAAAAAAAUGCAGUUUGCCAGGCUAAUUAGGUUAAGGAUUAAAUUAUGGGACUUUUUUAUGCCAGUUAGUAGGAGAUCGAGUUCGAAUGGUUUUUCAAUCAACGGUUGAUGGUAAACGAUGAUAGAGAAUAGAUUUUCCUCGUGUUGUAACUAAGGGCAUAAUGAAUGCACACGCGUUGCGGAUACAUACACGUUUAUAAUGUGAGAGAAUCAUGGUUGUCUGGCAUAAGCAAGUGCACGCUGUCUACAAAAUACAUAAUGUUAAGCCCUCGUAUAUUUUUUUCGUUCUUUCAUUCUUUUACACGGCACCUUGAAAUUGCAGACCCGUUUAGUAUCACGCACACGUAUAAAUAUAACGACGCGAAAAAGUCUUGGACGAGAAUAAUAAGUUUUUGCAUAUCGACAGUUCUCAUGCCCAAAACGGUCAACGGCUCACUUUUGUUCUUUAAUCGCAAUUUCAAGGUAAACUUCGAUAUAAAAGAAGAAAAACCCGUGCAAAUUUUUUCAUUUGGAACUAAACGACGAAGUCUAACGGCAAGGUUAUGUUGCGCAGACUUUCAUUCGUGUACCCAUUGUUAUUUACCUUGUAGAUUUUCAGACACAGACCUUUAGCAUCCCGGGACGUUGAUCGCUAUAUCCACGAUUAAUUGAAAUAUUACACGUAAGGAAACAAUGAUAAUGAUGAUAGUAUUAAAUUUAUACAUACUUACUGGAAGUGUCAGCUCCCGAGCACCUUCGACAGUCUUCUAUUUCCGUGUUUUACACUGUGUUCAUCGUCACUGAUUGGUGCCUAAAUCGUUACGUUUGUUGUCAGUGUACAUGGUAACGAAAUUUCAUGUUCGAGAAUAGAAGAAACGAAAGGAAACGUAGAUACAAGUACUGAUGCGUUGCGAGGGAUGUGACACCUUACGACAUAAUAUACUAUAAACUACACGUAUGUAAGUAACUUUUAGAGUAUUUGAGUAAAAAAAAGGCAUACAUAGUUGAUAGCGUUUUAUUAAAUGUUGUGAAAAAGUCUCUUGUCUGUUGUGUAAUGUGUUGUCUCAUUGUGUGUACGUCUUUUUACAUUUUACUAUUUC